AUGGCUAGAAUGAAGCAACUACAGGAAGAACUUAAAUUAGCUAAUGAGUUCAACAAAAAGCUCCUUCAGGAACAGGAGGAGAGUGAGCAGGAGAUUGAGCGUGUUGUAAGAACAUACACAAGCCUCAAAAAUCAGCUAGCCAAUCAAGAUGUCGAGUAUGAAGACCUGCAAGGACAACGAGAUGAACUCCAGGCAGUUGUAGAAAGGUUCCAGCAUUGCCAAGAGAUACAUGAGCAGGCAUUACAACGCAUCCGGGACCUCGAGCAGCAACUGCAGGAGUCGGAUUCAAAACGGUAUUGCAAGUAUUGCUCCGGGAACUCCGCUCCGGCUGAAAACAAUUUAAAUCCAUCGAGCGGGUACCCGGUGUGCAUGGACUCGCCUGCGCCUGCUCGGCGGCGCCCCGCCGCGCCGCACUCGCCGGCGCUCCGUGCCGCGCUGGCGGCGCCGGGGUCGCCCGCGCUGCGUGCCUUGUUCGCGCCGCGCCCGAGCCCCGCGCCCGCGCCCGCGCCCGCGCCCGCGCCCUCUCCGCGCCGCGAGCCCGAGCCCGCCGCCCGCCGCCCUGUCCCGCCGAGCCCCGCCGUCGCCGCGCCGGCUCCGUCGCCGCCGAGCCUCCUGCGGCUGGCUCUCGAGCGGCUGACCGUCGAGCCUGAGCCGCGGUCGCCGGCCCCGACACCGUCGAGCCUCCUGCGGCUGGCUCUGGAGCGGCUGACCGUCGAGCCUGAGCCUCGGCCGCCGGCCCCGUCGCCGGCGCGCGCGUCGAGCGCGGCGCCCGCCCCGGCGCCCGGCGCUCCGCGCGCUCGGAGCCGGGACCCUCCGCGGUCGACGGUCAUCUAUUCUGACGCAAUCGGGGCCGGCCUCGGCGUGCUGCUGGGUGAAUGUCUCCGGCAAAGUGUAACAAAUGUGUGUUUGCGUGGUGCCUCCGUCGAAUCGGUCGUGCGCCGCCUGGCGAGGGACAAGUUUGACAGUGGCACCACUCUGAUUAUACACCUCGGCGAUAGUGUGGGUGUGAAGAGAUCUCACGUGGGAUCCCUCAUACGCACGCUGUCCGACAUUGAGCGACAUGGAAUUUAUAAAAUUAUUUUAUGCUCUUUUCCGUAUUCCGACUCUGUUUCCCAUGAGCACAACGUUAGAGUGUCGGAGUUAAAUUCCAUGUUGUACAAUGCGACUUGUUACGAAAGCGCUUACCAUUUUAUUGAUCUGAACAUUAUGUAUAAAAGAAAUAAUUACCGUUUUAGACUAAGAGAUAAUAAUUUGAAUGUACCACGGAAUUGUAAAGUGACGACAGCAAAAUUACUAGCUUACAACGUAGAACCGGGGUUUUUUGACAUUUCGGCCAGUGGCAACGGUGCCGGCCGCGCGGCGAGCGCCGGCGCGUGCGCAGCCUCCCCGCGGGCCGCCCACAGCAUUUAA